CUCAACUAUGUUGAAAAUUGGCAAACGCAUAGGUCCACAUCAACAGCUGUGCCUGGCACAUGGAAUACAGCUAGGUAUCCUUGAUGUGAUGUACAAAAGACAAAUAAGAAUUGAGCCAAAUGAAAUUUCUAUAUGUGAAGAUGAUGAUUCCGAAGAAGAUACGAGAGAUCAAACUGAUUGCAUACAGUUAGCUGAUAAUGAAGAACGUGGAGAACUUACAGACGAAUUUGAUAUCAAAACAAGUAAGGAAGGGCUAAGUUCGGGUGUCACCGAACAUUUUAUACUCUCGCAUGAUAAAGUGAUAAUCGAGAUACUGUUAUUAGCAACUUUUUUGCGAGAGUAUAAAAAUGAUGCCCUCUGAAUUACAUGAAAAUGUCUGAGAGAUUUACCGAUAUUUUCGGUGAAAAAUUAGGUUAUGUUAGGUUAGGCACUGAGUUCUUCGUGUUCGAUAUCAGGGACCUUGA